AUGGCCCAAAAUAAAUCUAAAGCUAAAUUUUAUUCAACUCGUGACGCCAACAGGCGUGCACUGUUUGCUAGAAAGUUCCCUGGUCUACAAGCAUCUACCUCUGUUACUCAGAGGACAACUCCACAAUAUAUCAAUCCAGAUAAGUUAGAAGAAGGUACUGCAUUUCUCUCGCCAAUCACUGACGAUAAAGAUACUAUGCCAGAAGAUGACCCAGCUGAAGUUGUGGCCCAUAAAACUAAAAAGGGUAGAAAAAGAAUUAGAGCAAAAGCACCUUCUAGCUUACAUAAAAAGAGUAAAACUUCUGCUUCUGCACAAACACCUACAUCAAUCC